CCAGAGAGCGAAAAUCACUGCUUAAUAAUUGCAAAUAUUAUACGAUAUUAUUAUUAUUAUUAGCUGUUAAAAUAUUAUUCGCUGUAUUCCUAAUGAAACUCUCUUCUUAUGGAGUCUGUCUUAUCUUUCUGUUUUAAAAACAAAAUUGAUUCUUGCAAGGGAAGGGAGAUCAACCAGAAUUAAAAAGAAAACUGGUGGGAUUUCGAUUUCAUCACCGUAUCUGAAAUUUUGGGUCUUUUGCCUUUUUCGGUGGGGAAGCUUUUAAGAAAGUUCUGAUCAAAUUGCAUAUCUUCUGGUUCAGGUUCCGCUGGGGAUUGGAUAUUAGCUAUAUUUGUGCUUCAUAUUACAAACUUUUGCUUGUGCCAAAAGAUUGAAACAAAUCGUUGCUUCGGUUAAUUAAACAUAUGGCUUUGGCCUUUACUCAUCUUUCAUGGUGGUUAUGGAGUGGGAAACAUCAAGAUCCUAGAACUGCCAAUGGGUCCUCUUUAAGUUCCUCACCUGAUUCAGGGUUAUGGGAAUCAGAUAACCUGAAGUUUCCUAGGAUUAAGAGGGCUACUAUGGCUUCUUCGUCAAGAAGAGUUAAGAGGAAAUGGCAUAGUCGGGAGGAAAGAAAGAUCGAUAGGGAAUAUGAUGUAGUUCUUGUGCCAUCUGACGGAGGGUGUGUGUCGGGUUCUGAGUCUGAUGGUUCUGAUUACUCCAUUGGAUGGUUAGAGCCUCAUGGACCUGGAUUCCAGAGUGAUGAUGAUUCGGAGAACAGUUUUGCAGUGUUGGUUCCAUGUUAUGGGCAUAAUCAGGAUAAUUUGGUGGCAGAUUCGAAGAACAAUAUUCUCGGUGCCAUUGUCAACCUUCCUGACAAUUAUUCUGUUGAAAGCAAAAAGUACGUGGAACAGUGGCUUUCUUCCCUGCAGACUAACUGAUAUCAUGCACAGUUGAAUAUUGCAUAUGAAUGCCCAUCUGCUGGAAGAAUCUGGUCGUGUUUAUAAGUAUUGUACAAAGAUGUUGUAGAUAGUGUAAUUUAAAAAAAAAAAAAAGAUGAGGAGACAGAGGGGCGGACGAAUAGCCUACUUCAUUGAUUUGUUGUUGCAAUUAGAAGAGAAUCGGAACGGAUAUCAACCGAUGAGCAGCGGAAACAACAGCGAGGGGACCAACAUGGUGUGAAUAUCGGACUAUACAUGUCCUUUUCUGCUGUUUCCUUUGAGAACCAAAGAAAAAGGAGCCGACAAUAUGUCUUCCUUGUAUGCUGUUCAGAUGAAGUAGAUUAAUGUUCAUUUGUGUGUGUGUGGUAGAUUUAUUGGGAGA